AUUUUCACACACAUGAAUCCCACAACUACACGCUUGUGCGUAUAUAUAUAGAAGCUUCAGACAUCUUGCUGUUUCUUCCGUUUCAUUACACAACUCAAAAAGAUCAACAUACAACGUAGUACCAAUUCUAAACUAGAGAGAUGGAGAAAGCCAUAGAGAGACAGAGAGUCUUGCUGGAGCAUCUUCGUCCGUCUUCUUCAGCUUCUUCACUCGAAAACCUCGACGCUUCUCUCUCUGCGUCUGCCUGUUUGGCUGGGGACAGUUCGGCCUACCACAGGACUUCUGUUUUUGGGGAUGAUGUGGUUAUAGUAGCUGCACAGCGAACUGCAAUUUGUAAGGCAAAGAGGGGUGGAUUUAAGGAUACUUAUGCUGAUGAUUUGCUGGCACCAGCACUAAAGGCAGUAAUAGAUAAGACAAAUGUAGACCCGAGUGAAAUUGCGGACAUUGUUGUGGGCACAGUUCUGGCACCCGGCUCCCAAAGAGCCGCUGAAUGCAAAAUGGCGGCUUUUUAUGCUGGAUUCCCUGAAACCGUGCCUGUUAGAACAGUUAAUAGACAAUGUUCAUCGGGUCUUCAAGCAGUAGCUGAUGUUGCUGCAGCUAUCAGAGCUGGAUUUUAUGACAUUGGGAUCGGUGCUGGAUUGGAAUCCAUGACAGCAAACUCCAUGGGCUGGGAUGGAACAGUCAAUCCAAGAGUCAAGAGCGUGGAACAUGCCCAAAAUUGUCUUCUUCCCAUGGGUAUCACUUCAGAAAAUGUUGCAAGUCGUUAUGGCAUAACAAGGUUGGAGCAGGAUCAGGCUGCGGUUGACUCGCACAAGAAGGCUGCUGCUGCUGCAGCUUCAGGAAAAUUCAAGGAUGAGAUAGUACCUGUGCACACCAAGAUCGUGGACCCAAAAACUGGAGAUGAAACACCAGUUACAAUCACUGCGGAUGACGGAAUCCGGGCAAACACAAAUGUAGCAGAUCUCGGGAAACUGAGGCCUUCAUUUAAGAAAGAUGGGACAACAACUGCUGGAAAUUCUAGCCAAGUUAGUGAUGCUGCUGCAGCGGUUCUUCUAAUGAAGAGGAGUGUUGCGAUGCAGAAAGGAUUACCAAUUCUUGGUGUAUUCAGGACUUUUGUUGCCGUUGGGGUAGAUCCCGCAGUCAUGGGAGUGGGUCCAGCUGUUGCAAUUCCAGCCGCGGUUAAAUCUGCUGGUCUGGAACUUGAUAAUAUUGAUCUUUUUGAAAUCAACGAGGCAUUUGGAUCUCAGUACGUGUAUUGCCAGAAGAAAUUGGAACUGGAUCCAGCUAAGAUUAAUGUUAAUGGAGGGGCCAUGGCACUAGGGCAUCCUUUGGGAGUAACAGGAGCCCGCUGUGUGGCAACAUUGUUACAUGAGAUGAAGCGCCGUGGUAGGGACUGCCGAUUUGGUGUUGUAUCCAUGUGCAUAGGCACUGGGAUGGGGGCUGCUGCUGUCUUUGAAAGAGGAGACGCGUGUGAUGAAGUGUGCAAUGCUCGUAAAGUUGACACCAAGAAUUUCCUCUCCAAGGACGCCAAAUAGAAACAAUGAUUUUCUUUUAAAUAUCCCUGUGACACGGUCACAAAUAAGAUUUUAUCUCUGUUUAGAACUUUUAAUAAAGGUGGUUAGUAAGUGUUUUUAUUAUGACAUGUAAUCUGAUGAAACAUUAAACAAUAGUGAGUGUGAACAAGAUAUCAAGCUCUCAGCAUAAAUUUCACAUAUUGAAAAUCGAUAUUGAAAAUGUGGGUAUGUGAUCAUCCUUUCUUCCA